AAGGCCCCUGCGAAGCAUGAGGGCUGGAAAAUGGCUUUCGCUUUCAGGUAGUAGUUAUUAUCCCGUUAUGUGAAUUAACUAGCUAGCUGGGUAGUUGGCUGUUUCAGCAGCUUCGAGUUACAUCUGGGAUUUCUCUUGGGAGGUAACGAACUCCACCGCUUGACCUUGAUAACCAGAAAAGGAAUACUCGGUACAUGCCCUGACUUGUAAGGGGAGCUUGUAGAACAUUAACUGUCUGUCGCUCAGAUCAGUUAGUCCCGUUAAAAGGGGCUUACGGACAUGUUAGGGGCGUACAGUUUAUGGAUAUCUUUUCAUACGCCUUUGCCCAUGUCUUGGCCAUCAAUCGUCUCAUUACCCUAGUUCUCUUGGUAAUUGCUCCCCUUCGAGGCUGUUAACCUGGCAAGAGCAAUUGUGAGUAAUUCUGAGCCUUCUAGCGUAAUCGUCCAUGGCAUGCUGGCUUCUUCAACUCUCUGUCCAAACGUAGCUCUAUUAUAUAUAUCAGAGCCGUAGCCCAGGUCAAGUUAGGCAUACUGAGUGGCUGUAGAUGCGUAGAUGCGUAGAUGCGUAGCUAUUGCAUCGCCAAAAGCCGACGGAGAGUCCUCGCCUCGGUCAAACCUACAGAGUAAGCAUCCUCUCAUCCAAACUAGUUAUCUAUCCAUCCAUGGGCAAUGAAGAAACCACACUUGCCGAUCUGAACUCCCAGCUGUCAUGAAGGAGUCAAAACUUGUCGACAUCGUCAGAACCUCGCCCCCAUGCCUCCUCCAUCUGGCCAAACCAUCUCUCUGUCUGUCUCAGGGCUGAAAAGCGUUGCUGAUCGUCAAUCUCGUCUAAACACAAACAAGGCUAGGUUUCCGUCUUCUCGUCUCGCCGCCCUCGAAUUCUCGACUUUUCUCACUCUGUACCUUGUGGGGCGGCCCGAGGGCGACUAUAUAAAGGCCGGAAGCCGGACGCCCAUCGCUGUCCUCGUCCCCUACCCUGCUGCUGCCUCCACGCCGUGGCUCCCCAAGCGCUGUGACCCUCAGCUACACCUUGAUAGAACUCCGUUAACCCUCCACCAUCUCGUCAUGUCGGCCACUGCUUGUGCAUCAGCCGGCUGCAGUUGGGAGCUUUACGACGACCCGUUACAAGCACUGCUUUCUACCGAGGAAUUCGAUCUAAGCAAUUCCCAGAGUCAGAUCCUUACACCACCCAUCGACCAUAGUCCCAUUCAAUCGCCAGGAUCUAAGGACGGCUCAUUACACUCCAUGAAAGACUCUGAUCCAUGCCUCCUUGAUAUCCCCCUUGCCAGCAAUCCCGAGGACUCUAUUCCUGAUGCAGCUAUUGUCCCAACAACAACAACAACAACAACAAUAAGGAAUUCGGCCCGUACUCCAUCAAUAAGACCCGAAUUUUGGAGUAACACUGUCCCUGAAAUUGGUCUCAGCCCUGAAUCAUCUUCAAGCUCAACCACCAAGUCAAGCAGCAAUCAUAAACGGUCACGUGCAGAUGAUGAUAACCGUUCUCCAGAGGAAAUUGCCAACGAGAAACGGCACCGUAAUACCAUGGCUGCUCGCAGAUUUCGCAAAAGAAAGGAAGAUCGAAUCUGUAGUCUGGAGAAACAGCUAGCGGAUGCCCUCAGGGAACGGGACGAACUCAAACUUCAGGUCGCAAGGCUUGAAGGACAAAACAUGAUGUUACGAACUUGUCAGGACAACACCCGGUAA